AUGUUCCCCGGGGUCCCCAGCAGCUGGAUGCGGGGCUGUGGAUCAGUGGUGACGCUGGGGGGAAGUGAUCUGCACCCGCUGAAGAUCAUUUCGAAAACUAUGAAGUCAGCAUUUCUGAAACUGGGGGUCCUCACCCAGAAGGGGCCCCUCCUGACCGAGGAGAAACCCGGGACCUGGAAACCAGCCAGACUCGAGUUCCUGGAAAACACGCGGGGAAAUGGAAACCAGGAGGCCGCCCCAGCACCCAGCGCCCCCCGCCCCCGGGCUGCCUUAGUGCCCCGCAGCAUUUCCACCCUCCAGCAGCCUCCCGCCGCCCCCUUCCCCGGGCAGCUGGAGCGGGGUCCCCGGGUCAGCGCCCCCCCGCAAUCGGAGCCUGGGUUCCGCAAAGCCCAAGGUGCUGCUGAGGUGCGGCUCUGGCUAGUACAUUUCAACAAGGCGAGAACCCUGCAGGAGAUCAGGGAGGACUGCGUAGAGAACCUGAGACAAACAGGUGAGGCCUCCCCACGGGUUUUCCUGCUCUCCAGCUGGGAACUGACUAAGUACGAUUUCCAGCUCCUGCAGGAGACCCUGGAGAAUGAGCUGGAUGAGCAGAAGAGACACAUUUUCAUCCUGGCCCUGCCCAACAUCUCAGCAAAGAUCCUGGAGAAGAAAAAGGCCGAACUGCAGGAGCAUAUUUGGGAAGUGGCCCUAAUAUCAUGUGCUAUUGGUGCUCUUCCUGUUCCAGGCCUCUCUCUCAUCUGUGAUGUAGCCAUCUUGGUUGUUCACAUGGAGCGUUACUGCCUGGCCUUUGGCUUGGAUGAAGAGUCUCUCACUAGACUGGCUCAGCAGGUUGACAAGCCUGUUGCAGAGCUGAAAUCUGCUAUCAAAAAGUCUCCGCUGGCCUCAGCCAUAACAAAAGGGUUUGUACUGUCUCUGCUUUCCAGAUCUCUAUGUGGAGCACUGAUGGUGGUAGAAUUGAUUCUGAAUUUUGUACCAGUCAUUGGCUCCCUAGCAGGGGGAGGGAUUUCUUUUGUGACCACGCGCUACCUGCUGCGGAGCUUUCUGGAUGACGCUGCGGAAGAUGCUCAGAAUAUUCUGACCAAGGCUCUUGAACGCAGAGCUGAAGAGUCCAUAUAACAGCACCAAGACCGCCUAUGCCUGCCCAUAGAAAACCAGACACACCUGGCCCAGCCCUGCCAGAAUCUCUAGACAUGGGUGAGCCCAGCAAAAACAAAACAACACCCUAAACUGACAAACAGCAGAGAGACCGACCAAAUCAGAUCAGACAGGAUUCUGGUGAAUCAAAAGCUUGUCCCUUCCACCAACACUAUGUCAGGUUAGAUAGUUUUGCCUGAAAAUAAACUAGCUGGGAUGGAGCUGGUCUCUAAACCAGUCUAUGAAUCCAGGAGAAAUGUUCUGGGAAGAAGACGAUGCUCCAGUAUCUCUGCUUGGCUCACUCUC